AUGGCCGACAUUGAAGAGGUUGUAGAGGAGGUCAUAGAAGAAGUCGUGGAGGAGGAGGAGGAGGAGGAGGUGGAGGAGAUGCAGAUGUUCAUGCCAAACAUCGCACCUCCAAAAAUACCAGAGGGUGAGAAGGUGGACUUUGAUGACAUCCACAGGAAGCGGCAGGAGAAAGACCUGCAAGAACUACAGUCCCUCAUUGAGGCCCACUUCAUACAGAGGAAGAAGGAGGAAGAGGAGCUUGUUGCUUUGGUGAACCGCAUCGAGAAGCGGCGCGCGGAGAGAGCAGAGCAGCAGAGGAUCCGUGCAGAACGGGAGAAGGAGAGGCAGGCCAGGCUGGCGGUGAGAGUGAAGAACACACACAUGUGGUAUCCAAUCUGUGACACACACUGUGAGAGACAGUGGCUUAACAAAUGGGUUUCCCUCCUGCAGGAGGAAAAAGAGCGGAAGGAGCAGGAGGAGCAGCGCAAAAAGCAAGAUGAGGAUGCCAAGAAGAAGAAGGUCCUAACCAACAUGACCCACCAGUAUGGCGGCAUCCAGCAGAAGGGGGAAGGUCGUAAAGGGGCUAAGAAACCAACCGAGAGGGAGAAGAAGAAGAAGAUUUUGGCCGAGAGACAAAAGCCACUCAACACUGACCACCUGAACGAGGAAAAACUAAAAGAGAAAGCCACUGACCUCUGGCAGUGGUUGAUGGGACUGGAAGCAGAGAAGUUUGACCUUGGAGAGAAGCUCAAGAGGCAGAAAUAUGAGAUCACUCAGCUUCUCGUUCGGGUCAAGGACCACCAAAGCGCCAAGGGUCGUGGCAAGGGCAAGAUGGGCCGCUUGCGAUAAUGGGACAGCAGAAGAAAGCAGCAGAAAGUUCCAGAGAAGCGCCAAUACUGCUGCUCCCGUGUUCUGCUUGUGGCAGGGCCCCACUAUGCUGGGAGCAUUUGCAAACUUUUUGUUGUAUUAUAUGUACAAACAAUUAAAAUUAAAAAAAUAAUAAAUAAAAAAAUCACUGCACUAGCUCAAGUGGUUCGUUUUAAAUACACCACAUACUACUAUCUUGGUUCAGGAAAUGACAGCUGAAGAUUGUAUCUGUGUGGCAGGCUGUUAUUUCACAUUUAGACUGCAUCACUUAUUAAUGUCAUAUCAGUU